GACAGUGCCAUGGGAGGGAUGGCUGGUGUCAGAAUUGGUAGAAAGGUUGGAUAGAGGAGGUAUGUCUGACCUCCUCCUCAGAGGGAUCAGCCUCGGGCUGUUAAUGCUGAUAAUGAUUCUCUUCCCCGCUUGUGAAGUUAGAGGAGGUCAGACUUCUCAGCUGCACCAUUAUCACAGGACUUUUCAUCAAGACUUUGCAAAUGUUGAUGAUAACCACAGCAGCCACAGUGAUGACAAGGCCACAGUGGUUGGACAGGCCUUGUUUUGAGUCCUGGUCUGCCAGGAAGACUGAACUCAACCUCUCUGGCUUCAGUUUCCACCUCUAAAAUGGGAUUUCUUCUGGGACUAAGAGAGUGGACACAUGUGGGAGAGCCAGGGACACAUCCGAGCACCCGCGUAAAGUGACUGAGUAGUUGCAGAUAGCAGCAGUUACAUAAACUGCUAAAGCGAAGACUCUUCAGUGGCCGAAGAUUCUAACAGCACAUGCUUCUGGGUCCUGCUAGCCUCGCGUGUCAUGUCUGUACGGGUAUCUCAUUCUUAAGGAGAUUGUUUUUCUGUCUGGAAAGGAAGGGAAAUCUCAUAGGUUCCCAGCAGCAAGGAUUUCCUACGAUGGACUGAGCCAGGAGUAUGGAAGGCCUCAUCAUAUUAGAUUGUCAAAAAGAAAAAAUAAAGGAAAGAAAGAAAAGGAGCACCCCCCGUCAAAGGGAAGAGGAGACAGUCAGAGGGGGAUGAUCCCCGAGACCCGUGUGUGUCCCCUGAAGCCGAUGGUGAGCAGAGCAGGAGCCAGAGCCCCAUCCAGCUGGAGUUAACCUGUGGAAGAUCUACAAGGCGGUGGAGAAGCUGGGGGCCUAUGAGCUGGUGACCGGCCGCCGCCUCUGGAAGAACGUGUACGACGAACUGGGGGGCAGCCCCGGCAGCACCAGCGCGGCCACGUGCACGCGCCGCCACUAUGAGAGGCUGGUCCUCCCAUACGUGCGGCACCUGAAGGGGGAGGAUGACAAGCCACUGCCCCCCUCCAAGCCCAGAAAGCAGUACAAGAUGUCCAAGGAGCCUCGGGUGGAUGACGGGGCCACUGAGAAGCCAAAGAAGGCCAAGGAGGAGAGGCUGGUGGACCAGAUGAUGCCAGGAAAGACCAAGACAGAUGCUGCCGACCCAGCUCAGCUGCCCGACCAGGAGCCCCCCAGGGACAGUGCUGAGCAGCCAGGCCCAGCCCCGGUACCCACUCUGCCCUUCGUGGGGGCCAGCUGUUGCCCUGAGGCCUACAAGCGGCUCCUGUCCAGCUUCUACUGCAAAGGGACGCAUGGCAUCAUGUCACCUCUGGCCAAGAAGAAGCUCCUGGCCCAGGUGAGCAAGGCAGAGGCCUUGCAGUGCCAGGAUGAGGGCUGUCACCAUGGAGCAGGCGGCUCCGACAGGGAGCCCCAGGGCUCCACAGCUGCUUGCCCCCCGGAGUGUCCCCAGAGCCCCGGAGGGCCGGCUGAUAACUCCAGGCACCGACUGACCCCUCAGGAGGGACUGCAGGCCCAUGUGGGCAGCCUCAGGGAGGAGGCUCAGGGAGGCCCCUGCCCAGCAGCCCCCAUCUUCACGGGAUAUUUCCAUGCCUGCCCCACCGAGGUGCUGAAGCCCAUCAGCCAGCACCCCCGGGACUUCUUCCCCAGCCUUAAAGACGGGGUGCUGUUGGGGCCGUCUGGCAAAGAGGCUGGGCUGCUGGCCAAAGAGCGCCAGCUGGUGUGGGGUGGGGAUGUCAACCGUCCCUCUGCAUUCCACAAAGGUGGCUUCCGAAAGGGCAGCCCCUACCCCAAGCCCAAAGCCUGCUGGGUGUCCCCCAUGGCCAAGGUCCCCGCAGAGAGCCCAGUGCCCCCGCCCACCUUCCCCAGCAGCCCAGGCCUCAGCAGCAAGCGCAGCCUGGAAGAAGAGGGCUUUGCCUGCGGUGGCAAAAAACUGCGGGCAGUGUCUCCCUUUCUCCAGGAGGUGGACGCCAGCGAGUGUGGGGCCAAACCUACAGGCCCGGGCUUGGCUGUCUCCUGCCUGCUGGACCCAGCCCUGAGGCCUGGCCCCCGGGAGGCCUACAGGGGCACUAUGCUGCGCUGCCCGCUGAACUUCAACAAUUCCCCAGACCCCUUAAAGGGCCAAGCCACUCUCCCCUUCAGCCCGCUGGUCAUCCCAGCCUUCCCGGCCCACUUCCUGGCCACUACAGCCCCCUCACCCAUGGCCGCUGGCCUGGUGCACUUCCCCACUGCGUCCUUUGACAGCGCCCUCCGCCACAGACUUUGCCCAGCCUCGUCCGCAUGGCACAUGCCGCCUGCCACAACCUAUGCAGCGCCCCACUUCUUCCACCUCAACACCAAGCUGUAGGUGGCAGCCGCGGCAGGCUGUGCUGCAGAGGGUCUGAUGCUGCCCCGGAGGUGGCAGGCACCUUCAGGGGACUGAGGGCUGCAGCCCGCUCCCCAGGGCAGCUGGGCUGAGCCCCACGCCGGAACGUGCCCCUGGCACAAGCAAAGAGAGGAAGGCAGCGGGGAAGCUGGGUCUGCCUCGCCAGGAAACAGCCUCUGCCCGGGGAUGGGACCCGGUGGCUGCAAGACCUCGGGAGGAGGCUGCGGCACGGGCCGGAGGUUCCCAGCUGGAGUGCCCAGAGCAGAGGCCAGGAGCGGGCAGAGGGUCUGAGGAGCCCGACGGCAGCCGGGGGCAUCCAGGGUGCCCACCUAAACUCCAAUAAAAAGACACCAAUGUGAACUCCAACCAGCUCUGAGGCUUGCUUUCCAAGGGUGGGCGUGGCAGGCUGUGCUUGUCGGGGGGGCCGCCAGUGAGCAGCGGCAGGGUGAGGAGACGGACUUGCUGGGUCUUGAACCUGCCACUGUACUGAACAGCAAGUUCAGUAGAAACCAAAGAUCUCCCUCUGUUUGUAUCUCAGCAGGCUUUGACACGCAUUCUGUCCGUUCAGUCCGUUUCCUCAGCAGAGCUGCACAGCUGGCCGUCUCCUUCCUCG